GGUACAGCUUCUUAGAUAUCAUCGAUCCUAAUUUCAUUUCAACACUAUUUCUUCUUCUUCUUCUCCGAUACAGCAAACAAAUCUCAUCUCUUCUCUUCUCUCUCUAUGGCUUCCUCCGCCGCCGCUGUCUCAACUUCUUUCCUCCUAACCAAUUCCGGAGUUGGAUCCAUGAAUAAGAUGGAUCACUCUAUGCUCAAGAUCAAACCAUCCUCUUUAUCGCUUCCUCAACGCAGAAUGCACCUUUCUUCAACCAGAAGGCCUCUAAUUGUUCAGGCUACAUAUAGUGAUGGUGGAAGGCCCAACAACACUGCAGGCGUCUUUGUUGGUGGCUUUAUCUUGGGAGGAUUAAUCGUUGGCACUCUUGGCUGUGUGUAUGCACCUCAGAUCAGCAAUGCUAUAACUGGAACUGACAGGAAGGAGUUAAUGAGAAAACUGCCAAAGUUUAUAUAUGAUGAAGAAAAGGCUUUAGAGAAAACAAGGAAAGUACUGUCUAAUAAGAUUGAACAAUUGAACACUGCUAUAGAUGAAAUUUCUUUCCAGCUUCGGACAGGGAACACCCCAAAUGGGGUAGCCAAGAAAUCUGAUGAAGUUGAAGCUACCAAAUGAGAUACUGUUGCUUUGAUGUUGGCUGUUACACUGUUUGCCGAAAAUAUCGUUGGUACAAAAUCCAUUUCGAACUUCUUGUAAUAUCUUUCCAUUUCUUCAUAUAGUAAUAAACUAAGUUGAUGGCAGCCUCUACUAAGUAAAUUUGUCAUUUCGAUUAGAGGUUUCUUGUGCCCUGUUUCUAUCUGUCCUUUUUAGUAAAAGAAUAUGGAAAUAACUCUUAGUUAACUGUUUAUGGUUUGUAUUGUAUUAAUAAUCAGUAUUCAAUUGCUUAGACGGGUGAACAAUGUCACUUUGGAUUCUCCAUAGUAGGAUGUUGUCACUUUUACUGCAAACAUGGAAUAGAUGAUAACUAUGGAUGCAUAUUUUAUGA